UCUUCCCUGAUAUGAUAAUAUGCUCUUUUUUUCUUUUACCGGGUUUAUAUAUUAUAUAUAAUCAAUCCAUGAACAUUAUCUUUUCUGCUGUCUCUGUCAUUUAUCCUUAUCAUUUUACUUAAUCCUGAAAUCAAGAAGAGUAGUAGCAGAAACAAACAACGAGAGAAGAGAAAGCAGAUACGAUUCCUUCCUUCUUUCUUACCCUACUUUUUUCCUGUCAGCCUAACGCGAGCGAUGCUGCCGCAGAGUUCUUAAUUUUUAAUUGUAAGCCUUUUCUGAUCGAUAAAUCUAUCUGGGUUUUGAUCCUUGCUCGUGUGAUUCACCUGGUAAAGAAUCUUUCUGUGUUUUGUCUUUCGUGAGGUGGGUUUUUGGCGUAUGCCCUUGAUUUUGUUCAUCUGUUAACCUUUCUCUCUGUGGGUUUUCUAUAUUUUACUGUUGAGUUAAGAUUAUUCUCGAUGGAUUCGAUAAAACCCUGAGAAAUAGAUCAACAAAACCUGUUCGUGCUUUGAAAUUGUAUCUUAAUUUGCUGAGAUCAUCUGUAAUUGGUUUGAUUGAUGACCAUGGAAAGACAAACUAGUUUCGUAGGUGCGAAAUUGGAAAAGCAACAAAGUUUUAAUCGAAUCAUGGAGAAGCAGAAGAGUUUUCGAGGAUUGAUGGAGAAACAGAAGAGUUUCAGAAUGGCUGUUGAGAGACAGCUCAGUUUUGGAGGUGAAAGGAAAAGAGGAAAAGAUUCACCUGGAAAGAGAGGCGAUUCUUCCCUUCAUUUGGCUGCAAGAACUGCCCAUCUGAGUAGAGUGAAAGAUAUGAUGACUAGGUUUGAUUCAAACGCAGUUAAAGAUUUGUUAUCUAAGCAGAAUCAAGAAGGGGAGACACCUUUAUAUGUAGCUGCAGAAAAUGGCCACGCAAAUAUUGUUUCUGAAUUCUUAAAGCAUUUAGACCUCCAAACUGCAUCUAUUGCUGCAAGGAACGGAUAUGAUCCAUUUCACAUUGCAGCAAAGCAAGGCCAUCUUGAUGUGUUGAAAGAACUUUUACAGUGUUUUCCAAAUCUGGUGAUGACAACAGAUGCAGCAAAUUCAACUGCUCUCCACACUGCAGCAGCUCAAGGGCAUAUUCAUGUAGUUGAUCUGCUUCUGGAAGCAAACUCAAAUCUUGCUAAGAUUGCUCGUAAUAAUGGUAAGACUGUUCUCCAUACAGCAGCAAGGAUGGGAUACUUGGAAGUGGCGAAAUCGAUAUUGAGUAAAGACCCAACAAUCGGUUUGAUGACUGAUAAGAAGGGUCAAACCGCCCUCCACAUGGCUGUGAAAGGGCAGAAUGUCGAAAUAGUUCAAGAAGUUAUCAAGCCCGACCCUAAAGUCUUGUGCUUGGAAGAUAACAAAGGAAAUACUGCAUUGCACAUUGCCACAAGGAAAGGCAAAUUUGAGAUUAUAAGGGCUCUAAUAUCUUCUGAGGGCAUCAAUGUGAACGCCAUGAACAAGGCGGGAGAGACACCUCUGGACAUUGCAGAGAAAUUCGGGAAUCAGGAAAUCACGACCACCCUGAGAGAAGCAGGAGGAGUUAAUUCCGGUGAUAACGGAAAGCCUCAAAAUCCGGCGAAGCAGCUGAAGAAAACCGUGAGUGAUAUCAAACACGACGUGGAGUCCCAACUGCAGCAGACACGUCAGACAGGAUUCAGAGUUCGUAAAAUCGCAAAGAACGUGAAGAAGCUUCACAGCAGCGGUCUAAACAACGCCAUCAACUCGGCGACAGUUGUCGCCGUCCUAAUCGCCACCGUAGCUUUUGCGGCCAUCUUCACUGUCCCUGGCCAAUACGUUCAGGACAAGACUCCUGGUUUCUCUCUCGGGCAGGCCCACAUAGCGAAAAAGGCAGCCUUCAUAGUUUUCUUUGUAUCGGACAGCCUGGCGCUUUUUAUCUCGUUGGCGGUUGUCGUUGUCCAGACAUCUGUCGUCGUGAUAGAACAGAAGGCGAAGAAGCAGCUCGUGUUUGUGAUCAACAAGUUGAUGUGGAUGGCUUGUUUAUUCAUUUCCAUCGCGUUUAUCUCCCUUAGCUACGUUGUGGUGGGAUCGAAUCAAAUGUGGCUGGCAGUUUUCACCACACUUGUUGGUAGUGUAAUUAUGAUGACAACAAUUGGGACGAUGUGCUAUUGUGUGGUGCGUCAUAGGAUGGAGGACUCGAAGAUGAGGAACAUUAGGAGGACCAGCACCUUGUCGAGAUCGUUCUCGAUGUCUAUGCAUUCUGAUCCGGAUGUGAUGAAUGAAAGCUACAAACGGAUGUAUGCUGUUUGAGACAGAAUUCUGUCGGUUUGUUUGUUUGUUUGAUGGCUCGAUGAAGCAGGCAGGCAGGCUAUCCAAAGAGGAAUUAUAUAUGAUGAUGCAGUAUCUUUCUUGUAAUGUAUAAUGAUUUAUUAGUGUUCAAAUUUGAACUUUAAUAUCAAUUUUUACUAUGACCUCAUAUGAGAAUACUUGGAUACAAAGAGUUUUGGAUUGAAAAAUGUAUCCUAAUGGGGUUAUGUUUA